CUUGCGGACCUGCAUUGUCGCUUUGGAGAUUUUUGAUCGUGCGCGGUUUGAAAAACGGCUCAAGCGGAUGGGCCGGAACUCACGUGAUCCAGUUUUGGCGCUUUGAGAACUCACUGCUGCUUGUCAAGGAGCUCCCUCUUUUUCACCACAUAGACAGGAUGAAGUUCUCUGCUGAUGUCAGCUCUUCGCGCAGAAAGAGCAGAAAGGCUCACUUCUCGGCUCCUUCCAGCAUCCGUCGCAAGAUCAUGAGCGCUCCUUUGUCCAAGGAGCUCAAGGAGAAGCACAGCACCCGCUCCAUUCCUGUUCGCAAGGACGACGAAGUUAUGAUUGUCCGUGGCACCUACAAGGGCCGUGAGGGCAAGGUUGUGCAGGUGUACCGUAAGAAGUGGGUUAUCCACAUUGACCGUGUCACUCGUGAAAAGGUCAAUGGUGCCACCGUUCCCAUUGGUAUCCAUCCCUCCAAGGUUGUCGUUACCAAGCUCAAGGUCGACAAGAGCCGUCAGGCUAUCCUUGACCGCAAGGCCAAGAAAGAUGCUAUGAAGCAGUAAAUUUCUCAUAUCGACUGUUCGUGCAUUUUGAAUGUCAAAUAAAAAUACUUCCACACUUGUAUCAAAGAACCGAAAAAAGAAUGGAUUGUGAAGUAGAGGAAAAAGAGGAGCGGAUAUGUGAGGAAUGUUACUUAUAUAUCAUUAUUGCGAUUAAGCGUUGUUAUUU